CAGCAAUUCUACACCAGUUCUUCCAACAUGGAACAGUCUCUAUGCGAUACCUGUGCCAGGAUAAAUAUUGAAGAACUUGUCUCCAAACAGGGCUUCGCACUACACAAGAAUCUACUCGAGCUCUACAAGUCUGUGAGAACAUGCCAGCUGUGCCGGCAUGCACUGAGUUGCUUGAAGCCUCUUUUACCACUCAACUUGAGAAGCAUACCUUGUCGUCACGCAAUGAGACAUCUGGGCUCAGAAAGCUCAAAAUUCUCUCUUUCCGAAUCGAACCAGAAGCUUCUCGCUACUCAGCAGGCUCGAGCCUUUUAUGGACAACAUAACCACCCGAAACACGGCUUGACUAUAGUGGUUUCGGACGUCGACUCGGGAGCUCCUGGCGAGCGCAAACAAAGCAUUCCCUGGCUUACAAUGAGGACACUUCAUGGGGAUCCUGCUCAGCGAUCAGGUGCCAAAACCGCUCGACUGAUACCAGAAAGCACUUCCUGUCUGACUUCAACUGUACAUGCUUUGGAGUGGCUAAAGGAGUGCCUUCUAAGCAAAGAUUGCUUUGAAGGUUGUACACACAUCAUUGACAACGAUCUUCAGGAGUGCCUGGCGAAGAUGCAUGGCAACAACGAACGGUCGGAAUCACCUUUUCUGUCAGAAGGACCUGAUUUGUCGCUGCAGGAAAAAGAGAUGAGAAGGCUGCAAUUAUGCGAGGACAUCCAGUUCUUAUACCAGCAAAGGAGCCUCACACGAGGUGACACACUUGUCGAAGAAGAGCGCGCCGCGAGACUUGUUGAGAUCAUCGAUACGGACCGUGGAACCAAGCUCAAGAUAGUCCCGGGCUCACUUGGAUAUUCAUCUUAUGCCGCCUUGAGCUACAAAUGGGGUGGCUUGGAUGCUAUCUGGCAAACCACCACCAAGAACCUUGGCACGCGCCUGGCAGAGUUCGAUAUUGUUGAGCUUCCCAAGACGCUGUCCGACACCGUCCAUGUAGUCAGAAAUCUUGGCCUAAAAUGUGUUUGGAUCGACAGUCUCUGCAUUAUUCAAGAUGACAAAGAUGAUUGGGCAAGGGAAGCCGUCAAAAUGGCUCCCAUUUACCAAAACGCCCUCGUAACUAUCUCCGCUGACUCCAGCCAAGACGCCAAAGCAGGUUUACACAACGAGAAGUCUUCUUCCAUUUUCAAUGACAGGGACAGCAUGAAAAUCUGCAGCAAGCUCUCAUCUGAUGAAGAGAGCUCAAUCUAUCUGUUCCCAGAUCAAGAGGCAAAGAUCGAUCGCUCGGCUACCAAUCUGCGAGAUAUGGGUGAUCUUCUAAGCCACUGCGCACUCCGUGACCGAGGAUGGACCAUGCAAGAGCGAAUCCUAUCCCCCCGGAUCAUCCACUACGCUGAAGACCAACUCUACUGGGAGUGUUACCACGGGAUCCACGAAAGCGAAGACGAACUUCUUUGGAUGGGCCGUAACAUGAACAUCGCAAAGGUAGCGCAUCGCAUUAAAUCUGCGGAGAAUGAGGAAGCGAAGAAGAAAGAACUCAAACAGAUGCUGCGCUACUGGUAUGUUCACCUUAUUGGGGGAGACUACUCGCAUCGCUCCUUAACAUACAUCGACGACAAACUACUCGCCAUUAGUGGUGUAGCCAAAGCCCUUGACAACAUUCACCCGUGUGGCUACAUGGCCGGCCAUUGGUGCGAAGACGACGAUGAGCUCGUCAAGAGUCUCUGCUGGAAGCGUGGCGGGCCAGGAAAGAAGGCGUCCAAGUAUCGCGCGCCAUCUUGGUCAUGGGCCAGUCAAGACUCAGCAAUUGACUAUGGUCAUUUCAGCAUAGUAGGGGCUCUGGGCGAGAAAGUCGUUGCAGAGCCUGUGGCAAUGGAGGGCCAAAGCCCAGAUGGCACUCCAUUCGGUCGAUACGAUAACGGGUAUCUUCAGAUGAAAGCCAAGGUCGGCCACGGGAAAUUAUUCCCAAACUGCGGGCAUGAUUUCAGUAACCAUCAGCAGACUGGUGCUUCCGGUGGCUACACUGUUGAUCCUCUGAAAGAGAGAUGCGCGUUUCUCCUCCUCGAUGGCGGAGAAACGUCUGAUCUAGUUUGGCUAGACGUGGACCAGGCGACUCAAGAGCCUAUUACAGAGCCCAUUGAUGUUCAAGUCGUCAUGCUUUCGGAGAGGGAAUGUGAAGGAGAAGAAGGGUCGCGCCCUGGAGCUUGCUUGAUCUGUACUUUGGACGAGAAGUACUACUUGACGAGAAUUGGGUUCACAGAAUCUCUCAAGUACUACAAAGAGGGACAAGGUGAAGUACCUCCUCCUGUUUCAGGGCCGUAUCUUUGUGACAAGAGAGUUAUUACUUUAACUAUAAUCUAGUUACAUAGGCAGCGUUGCAGCUUCGGUCGCAGUGGCGGUGAUUCGGCCGAGCGGUGGCCUUCUAAUCUUGGCGCUCCGUAACGGACAUCCUCAGGAACCUUCCAACAUUUUAUCAGGGUGCUACAAUAAACUGGUCUAAGGGCCGAAUAGGAU